AUGGCCGCAAUGAUGCCAGGCCCUGGAAGUGGCCCAGGAGGAUCAGAGAACCCCUACAACUACGACACUCCAGUGGAAGACGACCUGAUUGACCCUGAUGAUGCCACCCUCGACGACCUCGACGACCCCGUCAACACCAACGACCGCGCCCCGCUCACGGGCAACAUAACCACGAACCAAGCGCAACAAAACACGCGCGCCGCCUCGAACGCCCAAGGCUUCCUGAACAACGCCCUCCCCGGCGAAGACCGCCGCGCAGCACUGGAUACCAUCGACGAGUCGGUCUGGGAGACUCUGCGACGGGAUUUGCUCGCGGUGUGGGAGAAGAUGAGGCAGGUGCUUUGGCCGAAAUACUUGCUCGGGGGAAUGAUGAAUAGUGGAGGUGGGAUGGGCGGGGAGGGCGAGGGGCCUAGGGAUACGCUGGGGCAGAUUCGGGGGUUGGUGGGACGGUGGCCGGAUGCGGAUGCUGUGUUGCAGGGGGGCAUGAGUGAGGGGUUGAGGGAUUGGGAUCUUUGGGGUCCGCUGCUCUUCUGUCUGCUGCUGUCGUUCUUCCUCAGUCUGAACGCGAGAGAUGAUCAGAGAUCUCUCGUCUUCAGCGGUGUGUUCGCCAUGAUCUGGAUCGCUGAGGCGGUCGUUACGCUGCAGAUCAAGCUUUUGGGAGGCAACAUCUCCUUCUUCCAAUCUGUCUGCAUCAUCGGCUACACGCUCUUCCCCAUGGUCAUCGCCUCCCUCCUCAGCGCCCUCCGAGUCCCAAUGAUCGUCAGAAUACCCGUCUACAUCGUCCUCGGACUCUGGUCUUUGGCAGCCGGCGUGAGCAUUCUCGGGGGAAGUGGCGUGGUCAAGAACAGGGUUUCCCUUGCGGUCUACCCGCUGUUUGUGUUUUACAUUGGCGUCGACUGCCUUUGCUUCAUCUCGUAG